AUGGCAGCAGUGGCUGUACUGCGGAAUGAAACACUCCAGGCUUUUCUUCAGGACCGCACUCCUAACUCUUCUCCAGAAAACUGUAAGCACUCUCCACUGGCGCUCUUAGCUGCCACUUGUAACCGGAUCGGACACCACCACGGAUCAAGUCCGGCGGAUUUCCUCCAGGUUCCUUAUGACACUACUUUAGGCUCGCCAUCGCGAAUUUUUCAUCCUUGGAGUAACGAGGGGAAUCCUCAAAGCACUCUCUCUAGCAAUUCUACUUUUGGACUAUCAUCUAAAUCCCAGCUCCACAUUCAAAGUUCAUUUACUUCCCACCACGAGCUCCCUCUCACCCCUCCAGCGGAUCCUUCAUAUCCUUAUGACUUUUCUCCAGUGAAUAUGUUACCGUGCUCAAUGCAGUCGUUACAAUCCUCUUGCCCACCCACCUACGUCCCUGCUGUAUCUUACGCAGCGCCAACUGCCAUGCCAGGUUUCGUUACGGGACAUUCUGGCCUUGUGCAUCAGCAACAGAGGCAGUUGUCCCCUAGCCCAGGGGAGGAUAUUCCGUGGUGGAGUCUCCAACAGGGAAACCACGUCAGUCAUCACCACUCAAUCACCACUCAAUCCCUUGGCCACCACCGUUUCCAGCUGCAGAGGGGCUUGGUGAUGGGGCAUACAGACUUCGCGCAGUAUCAGACUCAAAUCGCUGCCCUCCUUCACACCAAGUCCCCCCUCGCAACAGCCCGAAGAUGUCGGAGAUGCAGGUGUCCAAACUGUCAGUCCUCCACCUCAAACGAUGAGCCCGGCAAGAAAAAGCAACACAUCUGUCACAUACCAGGGUGCGGGAAAGUUUAUGGCAAAACUUCCCAUCUCAAAGCGCACUUGAGGUGGCACUCGGGAGAGCGUCCAUUUGUUUGUAACUGGCUUUUCUGUGGCAAGAGUUUCACCAGGUCUGAUGAGCUGCAGAGACACCUGAGGACUCAUACUGGGGAGAAGCGCUUUGUUUGUCCAGACUGUUGCAAGAGGUUCAUGAGGAGUGACCAUUUGGCAAAACAUGUCAAAACUCACCAAAACAAAAAAAACAAGUGUCAUGAGAAGACGUUUGAUCAUCACGUGAAAAGGGAAGAUAUGAGGAACAUGUAG